UUGGAUAAUAAUUUAACGAAGGAAUUUGUCCGACUAUCGACUUCGGAUAUCGCCUCUCCAAUCUUACUAGUAAGGAAGUUAGGCGGCGGUAUAAGAAUUUAUAUUAAUUAUAAAAGUAUUAAUAAUAUCUCUUUCAAAAAUAAAUACCCGUUACUAUUAAUUAAAGAAAUGCUGGACGCUAUUUAUCAAGCUAAAUAG